UGCCGGAGAGAGUGUGCAGCUUGCAACCUUCCUCCCUCCCUUUCCGGCCGAAUCCCGGCCAACAUCACCCCCACAAGUGGUGGCAGGUGCCCUCUAUAUUACCCUUCAAGCCUCUUUAUCAGUAUCUUAUAGAAUGUGCUGUCUCCCAACACUCUCAACUUAUUAUUAUUCCCUCUUCAUCACACGUUUAUGUAUAUAUACCCUUCCAAACCUCUCUUUUCAAACACCCAUUCACAUCCUCUCAAGUGUUGGAUAGAAACACAGAGAGUGAUUAAAAGAAAAUGGUUAAGUUUUCCAAGCAGUUUGAAGGCCAACUUGUGCCUGAAUGGAAGGAAGCUUUUGUUGAUUACUGGCAACUUAAGAAAGACCUUAAAAAAAUUCAAGCUCCAUUGAACAAACCACAUUCACCAUCUUUCUCUCAAAGACUCUUCUCACCACUCACCAAACUCCCUCUCUUUGGUUCUCAUCCACGCAAAGACCAUGGAGUCAUUCAGGUUCAUAGGAAGCUGGCCUCAACUGUGAGCAAUGGAGAUGUGUAUGAGACUGAGUUGCUUGAUCAGUUUGCCGAUACCGAUGCUGCAAAGGAGUUCUUUGCUAGACUAGAUCUUCAGCUGAACAAAGUGAAUCAGUUUUACAAGGGGAAGGAGAAGGAUUUUAUGGAUAGAGGAGAUUCUCUGAAGAAACAAAUGGAUAUACUCAUUGACCUCAAGGCUGCUCUCAAGCAACAGAGGCUUCGGUCUUCAUCAACAAAGGAUGAUCCUUCCAUUUCCUGUUCAAUAACUAGUGAUGAAGACUCUGUAAGGAGCAGAGGAGAACAAGAACAGGGACAAGAGAAAACAGAAUGUGAGUUUGAGGGAUUAGAUGAAACAGAGAAGGAGGUGAAGGCCAAGAAGGAGAAAAUGAAGCUGAGGAGUUUAUCUGGUACAGUUAUCAGUAGCCAGGGCAAGAGUUUAAGGAUCAAUAUACCCUUGACUACACCAACUAGGACUAUCACUGCACUCACUUACUCUGUUUGGGAGGACCUGGUUAACCAAUCUAAGAAAUGUGGCCCAGAAAGUGGCAGGGUUAACAUUAACAAGACAAAACUCCACCAUGCUGAGAAGAUGAUUAGAGGAGCUUUCAUGGAACUCUACAAAGGUUUGGGAUACCUUAAAACUUAUAGGCAACUCAACAUGCUAGCUUUUGCCAAAAUCUUGAAGAAGUUUGACAAGAUUACAGGAAAACAGGCGCUUGCCAUUUAUCUCAAAGAAGUUGAGAGGUCCUACUUCAAUAGCUCUGAUAAGGCAAUUAAGUUGUUAGAUGAGGUGGAAGAGCUGUUCAUUAAACACUUUGCUGAUAAUGAUCAAAGGAAAGCAAUGAAAUAUCUUAAGCCUCAUAUGCGAAAAGAAUCACAUGCAGUCACCUUCUUCAUAGGGCUUUUCACCGGAUGUUUCAUUGCGUUAUUCAUUGGAUAUUGUAUCAUGGCACACAUUGCUGGAAUGUAUACUGGUCAAUCAGACUCUGUUUACAUGGAAACAGUGUAUCCUGUUCUUAGUAUGUUCAGCCUACUAUUUCUGCACCUAUUCCUCUAUGGAUGCAACAUAUUCAUGUGGCGCAGGACGCGCAUAAACUACAGCUUCAUAUUCGAAUUUGCACCCACAAAAGAGUUGAAAUAUAGGGAUGUCUUCUUGAUUUGCACCACAUCUAUGACUGUAGUGGUUGGAGUAUUGUUUGCCCACUUGGCUAUCAUCGCCAAAGGCUACACAUCUACCCAAAUACAAGCGAUCCCUGGCAUCUUACUUUUGAUGUUCAUUGUGGUGCUUAUAUGCCCUUUCAACGUCCUUUAUCGAUCAAGCCGUUAUCAUUUCCUGAGAGUCAUUAGAAAUAUCAUCUUGUCUCCUUUAUACAAGGUGGUCAUGGUAGACUUCUUCAUGGCUGAUCAACUCUGCAGCCAGGUGCCGAUGCUUAGGAAUUUAGAGUAUGUAGCCUGUUACUACAUAACUGGAAGCUAUAAAACACAAGACUAUGGCUACUGCUCUAGCAGAUCACAUUACAGGGACUUGGCAUACGCUGUCUCAUUCUUGCCUUAUUACUGGAGAGCCAUGCAGUGUGCAAGGAGAUGGUUUGAUGAAGGACAAACAAGCCACCUUGUCAACCUUGGAAAGUAUGUAUCGGCGAUGCUCGCCGCCGGUGCCAAAGUAGCUUAUGAGAAGGAGAAGACUAUUGGUUGGCUUUCUCUUGUGGUGGCAAUGUCAAGUGCUGCAACUGUGUAUCAGCUUUACUGGGACUUUGUUAAGGACUGGGGCUUACUUCAAGUUGGCUCAAAGAACCCCUGGCUUAGGAAUGAACUCAUUCUUCGUCGCAAGUUUAUAUACUUCUUAUCCAUGGGAUUAAACUUCAUUCUAAGGUUGGCAUGGCUGCAAACUGUUCUUCAUUACAAUUUCGGAAGUUUGGAUUACAGAGUAACAUCAUUUUUCUUGGCCGCACUUGAAGUGAUCCGUCGCGGCCAUUGGAAUUUCUAUCGGUUGGAGAAUGAGCAUCUAAAUAAUGCAGGCAAGUUCAGGGCAGUUAAAACAGUUCCAUUACCUUUUCAUGAAGUGGACCAGGAUUGAGUGAUUGCCUGCAAGCAUUGAUGGUGUAACACACAAAGGAUUGAGCACAAUGUGCCCCAAUUGGUGUCCAGAAACACAAAACACACUUGUAUACCAAUCAUUUGUUCUUGAUGCAGUAAAGUAAAGUAAAGAAAGCAUCAUUUAUCCAUCUUUAAUUCUCUGUACACCUCUCACUCCCUCUCUCUCCCUCUCUUUCUAUAUAUAUAUAUAUAUAUAUAAUA